AUGCCCCCCCCUCUACCUUCCUCCCAUCGUGGGAUGACCGCAAACCCCAUCCGACCCGGCCGAUAUCGACCUGGAAAGCCUAUCGCCGAGGAACCGUCAUCCGAGGAAGAAGAUGAGGAAGAAUACGAUGAGGAAAAAAUUAAGGAAGAAGAGCGACGCAGGCAAGAACAGCAGCGACAACGGGAGAGGCAGCGGCAGUUGGCGCGAUCUCGGGCGGCGCCCAAGGCGAGUUCAUUUCCUGCCGGCGCUGUUACGAAAUGGGUUAAGAAUGUGAGCCUUGAAGAGGAUGAAGAUGACGAUGAGGAGGGUUUUGUGACGGAAGAAGAGGAGGAUAAUGAAGAAGACCAACAGCAAGUGAAAGUGGCACCUCGCGUUGCUGGCGACAGUGAAGGUGCUGCGGGUAAAGUUCGAAUCUCAGAACCGACUGAACGGAUAGGUAAAGAGGAAGAAGACGAGGAGGAAGAGGAGGAGGAGAGUUCUGAGGAAGAAAGCAGCUCUGAGGAUGAAGCUCCGCGAAGGAUUAUGUUACGACCUACAUUUAUCAAAAAGGAUGAACGGAACAACGCAAAACAUGUACAAGAUGGACAAGGAACAGCGCCUAAAGUUGCUACAGCUUCUGCCACAGAGACUGAUUCACGUCGAAAGGAAAAAGCCGAUAUGCUACUUCGCGAUCAGCUGGAGAAGGAUGCCAUCGCUCGGAACACGGCGAACCGGGCUUGGGAUGACGACGAGCUAGAACAUGGCGAGGAAGGAUCUAUUGAUGAUAAAGAUGGAGUAGACCCAGAGGGGGAGUACGCAGCUUGGAAACUCCGGGAGCUUAAGCGGAUCAAGCGAGAACGCGAAGCGAUCGAGACCGCCGAAAAGGAACGAGAAGAAAUCGAGCGUCGCCGAAACUUGACCGCGGAGGAGCGCGAGCGCGAAGACAGCGAGUUUAUUGCCAAACAGAAAGAAGAAAAGGAAGCUACUCGUGGGCAAACUGGAUUUAUGCAGCGUUACUUCCAUAAGGGUGCCUUCUUCCGCGACGACAUGGAACGUGAAGGGCUAGAUCAGAGAAAUAUCAUGGGGGCUCGAUUCGCGGAUGAUGUUGCGCGCGAAACCUUGCCUCAGUACAUGCAGAUCCGUGAUAUGACGAAGCUUGGAAAGAAGGGACGGACACGAUACAGGGAUUUGAAAACAGAGGAUACCGGACGCUUUGGAGAUGGGUUCAACAAUCGAUUCCGUCGUCGCGAUGGUGUUCCAGAAGGGAUUACGGACGAACGAUUCAUUCCUGAUCGCAGAGAUGACCGUCCCACAGGCCCUACGGGCGCCAAUGCUGGUCCAGUCCGCGAGAGACGCCGGUCGAGUUCUAGAUCUUAUUCUCCCCGACGAGGUCGCAGAGACCGUUAUGACCGUGAACGCUUGGGAGAUCAACAUCGGCCUGAUGAUAGCAGUCGCAGGAAACGAAGCCCUUCGCCUUAUGAAGACCGUGACAAGCGAAGACGGGUAGCCAGUGAUACGUAA